AUGAGCAAGAGCGGAUCGCUCCCAAGAUUCUCAGACGAGUAUGAAGAUGAUGAGGAGGUUGAGCUCAUAGAUUCACCAGAUUGUGCGAAAAACCUUCAAAGUUUGAUGAUUCGGCUUUUGAUAUCCUUAUUUUUUAUUGGAUGCAUUUCUGGUGCCGUCAUUUGGUCUUUUGUAAAUGGUGAGUGCGGGGUGGACGAUGAGUGUAGCAACGUACAUCAUCGGGAUGCGUCGAAGAACUUUUCAAUUUUCAUCGACCAGUAUUCCAAGAAAGAGGGAAUGUACAUCACUACGUAUCGGCUUCCACAAGGAUCAACUAAUCAAGUACCAAAACAAGAAGAGUAUCAAUCCUUCUGGUUCCAAAGCGACACUAAUAAAACUCUGGUUCAUCAAAUCACCCCUACCGUAACCAUUUACGCAUUUGAUCAUCACGCUUAUUGGUACGAUACUUCAGCUUCAAAGCCGCAAUGCCGUUUCGACCCAAACAUGAAUUAUUUGACAUACAUCAAAAACCUGGGAAUGACCAAUCUAGAACGACAUCACUCUGAAUUUGAGGAGACUCAUAAUGGAGAAAAAGUCUUUGUGUAUCAAGGAAAUCCAAACGAGGUGUUGUUGACAAACGUUAAUCAAUCCGCUUUCUUGGUGACAGCGUACGCAGAUGCAACGACAGGAGCUCUUCUCGCCUGGGACACCUACUUUACAUCUGAAACGGAUAGCAGUGAAAUGGUUUACAAGGCAUCCUAUGAGUAUCCAAACAUGACACCAGCCUCACCAGAUCCAUCUUAUUUGGUUACGCCUCCAGAAUGCUCGCCAUGA